AUGACGUCAAUUGGCACAGGUUACGAUCUUUCCAACUCGGUAUUCUCGCCGGACGGCCGGAACUUCCAGGUCGAAUAUGCCGUUAAAGCGGUGGAGAACGGCGGCACUGCCGUCGGCAUCAGAUGCAAGGAUGGUGUUGUGCUGGCAGUGGAAAAGAUCAUCACCAGCAAACUCCUAAAGCCGGGGGCCAAUAAGAGAAUCGCGACGGUGGAUCGUCAUGUUGGCAUUGUCUCCUCCGGACUCGUGCCCGAUGGUCGCCACUUCGUUUCCAGAGCCAGAGAUGAAGCCUCCUCGUGGAGAGGUACUUACAAGGGUCCGAUCCCGACCAACGCCCUGGCUAAUCGAUUGGGUGGUUACGUGCAGGCCUAUACGCUCUACUCAAGUGUACGGCCGUUUGGUGUGACCGCAAUCGUCGGUGGCUGGGACAGCGAGGCGGAGGUUCCGGUAGACGGACAGGUGGGCAGUGGUCCCAAGUCAGGAUCCGGCGGAAAGGUUGAGGGCGCGAAGGCCGGCGGCCCCGGCCUAUACAUGAUUGAGCCCAGUGGCCUCUAUUGGGGAUAUUACGGUGCCGCAACUGGCAAGGGCCGACAGGCCGCCAAGGCCGAGCUGGAGAAGCUGGAUCUGACCUCGGGCAAUCUUUCUUUGGCAGACGGUGUGAAAGAGGCAGCCCGCAUUAUCUACGUCGCCCAUGAAGACAGCAAGGACAAGGAGUUCGAGCUGGAGAUGACAUGGAUUAGCUCGGUCGAUGGUCCGACUAAGGGCCGCCACGAGGAGGUGCCCAAGGACCUGCUGGAAGAAGCCGAGAAGGCCGCAAAGCGAUCCUUGGAGGGUGAUGAUGAGGAUGAGGAAGAUAAGGGUCAAGGCGAACAGAUGGAAGAGUGA